GGGGUCCAAAUGGAAUGCCAUGCUCGCCAGGUACCACUCUCGAGCCAAGUACAAGUACGGAGUUACAUCUCCCUUAUGCCCUUUUCACAAGUCCAUCACCGUUUGCCUCUCGCGCAAUACUCCACCUCGCACUUGGCUCGGUGGCAUAUAUACAAUUGUAAACCUGCGAUAUCCUCAAUUCCGAAAACCCAACCAAGAUGAAGCUCUCCAGCUUUCUCCAGCUUCCCAUAGUGCUUGCCUCCCUCCUAGCAUCCUCACCAGUGGUCGCAGAACAUACCAGCAAUUGGGCUGUUCUCGUUUCUACAUCGCGAUUCUGGUUCAACUAUCGCCACCUUGCAAAUGUUCUAUCUCUAUACCGAACCGUAAAACGACUGGGCAUCCCGGAUUCCCAGAUCAUUCUCAUGUUGCCGGAUGACAUGGCCUGCAACCCGCGCAACGCAUUUCCGGGGACGGUGUACAGUAACGCCGAUCGCGCAGUCGAUUUAUAUGGAGACAAUAUCGAGGUGGAUUAUAGAGGAUAUGAGGUGACGGUGGAGAACUUUAUCAGAUUGUUGACCGAUCGUGUUGGAGAGGAAAUGCCCAGGAGUAAGAGGUUGUUGACAGAUGACCGGAGUAACAUUCUGGUGUACAUGACCGGACAUGGUGGGAAUGAAUUCUUGAAAUUUCAGGAUGCCGAGGAAAUUAGUGCAUUCGAUCUGGCAGAUGCCUUUGAACAGAUGUGGGAAAAGAAGAGGUAGGAAUAUCUUUGGGACCCCCAGCGCUCGUACAGGAACCUCACUAACAGAAACUCAAGAUAUCAUGAAAUACUUUUCAUGAUCGAUACAUGUCAAGCAAAUACAAUGUACUCAAAGUUCUACUCUCCCAACAUCAUCGCCACAGGGUCUUCGGAAAUCGAUCAAUCUUCCUACUCUCACCACGCAGAUAACGAUGUUGGAGUCGCUGUUAUCGACAGAUACACAUACUACAACCUCGACUUUCUCGAAACUCAAGUUCGAGAACCGUCCUCCAAACAAACGCUCUCCGACCUCUUCAAUAGCUACGACGAGUCGAAGAUUCAUUCGCAUCCUGGUGUACGAUGGGAUCUAUUCCCAGGAGGCGAACAAGCAGGACGCGAGAGAUUGGUCAUGGAUUUCUUCGGAAAUGUGCAGAACGUGGAAGUGGACAGCGUAGGAAAUGCGACGGAGUUUGAAGAGGAUUUGCUCGCCCUGGGGAGGAAGAUAGCUGAGAUUAAGGAAAGAGCUGAUGCUCAGGAGAAGGACUUGAAGAAUGUCAGUUCGCCUGAACCGGCUCUGACGAGUUCGCAUUCUAGAAGAAAGAUCAGAGCUGCCAAGGUGCAAGCUGAUGAUAAGUCUUGGGGGAAGACCGCUGUGGGUGUGUGGGCAUUGGCAGGGUGUUCUAUGGUUUGGUGGUUUGGGAGUCAUAUGGAGUCGAAAUAG